CAGUCCGGCUGGAGGUAUCAAGUGAUUUUGAUAAUCAAAGUACUUCCAAAGAGCAAAUGGAGGAAAGGAUACUGCAUCUUUAAAUUUAAAAAAUAAUAAUAAGGCAUUUCUACAUUUACCAUAAUGAAACUUUUGUUUUUAUGUAACGUGCUCUUUCUGGUACUGUAUGGAGUCGGUGGAGAUGAACAUUCCCAUCUAUAUGAACAAAAUGAAGAAGUAGUUUUGUGGAUGAAUACUGUUGGUCCAUUCUACAACAGGCAAGAAAGAUAUGCAUACUACUCUCUUCCAUUCUGUAAAGGUAACAAGGAGGUUAUCGGACAUUACCAUGAGACCCUCGGAGAGGCCUUGCAAGGUGUUGAACUUGAUUUCAGCGGGCUGGAUAUUGAAUAUAAAGCCAGCAUCUCUGAAACUACAUAUUGCGAGAUUCAGCUAGACGAAGAAAAACUGAAAGCUUUUGUUUAUGCCGUGAAAAAUCAUUAUUGGUAUCAGAUGUACAUUGAUGACCUUCCAAUAUGGGGUGUCGUUGGCGAUAUGGAAGAAGGAAUAAAUAAUCAAGUAUCGUAUUAUAUUUGGACUCAUAAAAAAUUUGAUAUUGGUUAUAAUGGAAAGCAUAUUGUCGAUGUUAAUCUAACGUCUGAAGUUAAAGUCAAGUUGGAAAACGGAGCUCGGAUUAAGUUUACUUACGAAGUCAAUUGGGUGCCAUCCAGCGUUAAAUUCGAAGAUCGAUUUGACAAGUAUCUCGAUCCGAAUUUCUUCCAACAUCGGAUCCAUUGGUUCAGUAUUUUUAACAGUUUUAUGAUGGUAAUUUUCUUAGUGGGUUUGGUAUCGAUGAUUUUAAUGAGAACACUUAGGAAAGAUUAUGCAAGAUACAGCAAAGAAGAUGAUUUUGAUGAUAUGGAGAAAGAUCUCGGUGACGAGUAUGGAUGGAAACAGGUGCAUGGCGACGUUUUCAGACCUCCUACAUAUUCUAUGAUCUUUUCUGCAAUGGUUGGUUCUGGUUAUCAGGUGACAGUAGUCACUUUUGCUGUUAUUAUUUUCGCCAUUCUUGGAGAGCUUUAUACAGAGCGUGGUUCUUUGCUGAGCACUGCUAUCUUUGUAUACGCUGCAACAUCGCCUGUUAAUGGGUAUACUGGCGGUGGUUUAUAUGCCCGUCUUGGUGGAAAACAAUGGAUCAAGCAGAUGGUUCUUUCUGCUUUUCUUCUUCCAGCUCUCGUCUGUGGAAAAGCUUUCUUCAUCAAUUUCAUUGCUAUAUACUAUCACGCUUCAAGAGCUAUUCCUUUUGGCACCAUGGUUGCUGUGACGUGUAUUUGUCUUUUUGUGAUUCUACCUUUGACUCUGGUUGGCACAGUGCUGGGCAGAAAUCUCGCUGGACAGAGUGAUUACCCGUGUAGAGUCAAUGCUGUACCGAGGCCGAUUCCGGAGAAGAAGUGGUUUAUGGAACCAACGAUCAUUGUUUUCCUUGGAGGCAUUCUUCCUUUUGGUUCUAUCUUCAUUGAAAUGUAUUUUAUAUUUACAUCUUUCUGGGCCUACAAAAUCUAUUAUGUCUACGGGUUCAUGCUCCUUGUUUUUCUAAUUUUAAUCAUUGUUACGAUUUGUGUGACUAUUGUAUGCACGUAUUUCCUGCUCAAUGCGGAAGAUUAUCGAUGGCAGUGGACAAGUUUUCUGGCAGCUGGUUCAACCUCAGUUUAUGUCUAUCUUUAUUCAUUUUAUUAUUUCUUCUUUAAAACUAAGAUGUAUGGUCUAUUUCAAACAGCCUUUUAUUUUGGAUAUAUGGCCCUGUUUUCGUUAGCAUUAGGCUUAAUGUGUGGAACAGUAGGCUACCUGGGCACUUCCGUAUUCGUAAGGAAAAUAUAUUCUACUGUGAAAAUUGAUUAAUUCAUAAAUAUGAUGUAUGUCACUGUUUAGGGAAUUUACAUUAUAAGGCUGUGCACAAAUAGACACCAGAAUGCGAGUGCAGUUGGAGAGUCAACAGACGCCAUUAACCACUGCCCUCUCCUCUGAAAAAAAAAUAAAUAAAAAAAAUACAUUUAGUCGGAAAAGUCAUACAUAUGUGAAUAAUUUAAUUUGUGGACUAUUGUACAAUGAUCGAUAUAAAAGAAAUUUAUCAUGUAUUAGAUAAAUAUUCAUUCCCAUUUUUCUUUCAAUUUAUUUUUAUUAUUUUUUUAAGAGACACAUUAUUUUUUUUUUAUUUUAUAUUUUUUGAAAAUAUGAUUUAAAUUUAUAAGUAUAUAUUUGAUACAUAUGUAUACAGACUAAUUCUUCGGGAUAGCGUGAUUAGCAAAUGCGAUCAGCCAUUCCCCUGUUGUUAUUGUAAAUAUUCGUGUUUAUCAUUUACAUUAUUUUAAAGAAAAAGCACACCCUUUGUUUUGGAUAAUCUUAAAUAAUUUUUAUUUUGUAUAAAAUACUAUAAUAAAUAUUUAUAUAUAUAUAUUAUGUAGAUAUUAAAAGAUUGUGUUUUACUAUAAUGGUAAUUUGAUCCUUUUAGGUUCUGUAUAGAUGUUAUUUAUGUAAGAAAUGUUAAAUUAUUAUUAAUUUGUAAAUUUUGAAACUAAUCUCAUUGUUUUAAUAGUGUAAGAUAUUGUUUCUGAUUGGACACCUCUAUAAAUUAGUAAAAAUCAAAAUAAAAUACAAAAAAAAAAACUAACUUAUGAUUCCAGUUGUUUUCAUUUUUUAUAUUACUGUGCAAAAAAAAAAAAAAAAUGUAGACGUUUGCUAGGUAAUAUUUGCAUACAAGAAUAUUCAACAUUAAAAUUCAAUCGGGUGAUAAAAAUCGUUUUUGAUUUGUUAAUUGCCAUGUACUGUCACUUUUCAGUCAGUUGUGAGCAGAAAUAAGACUUUAAUGCAAUUCAAACCCUUAAAUAUGAAAUACACUGACCCAAAUAUUUCAUUUUUUUAUAUAAAUGCCAUGUUUGAAAAUGUCUAGCAGUUCAUUAAAUGAAUUUUGAAGUAUAUUUUGUUAAAAUCAUAACUAUUAAGGAGAAGAAAAAAAGUAGUUAAGUUUUCAAAUAGUUUUUGGCUCGCAAAAUAUUUAGAUAUUAAACUUCAAACAUGGCUGUAACUAUGAUUUUUCUGAGGGAGAAGGGAGAGUUUAUAAUAAUUUAAUGUUGCCCCUCUCCCUUUCCCCUCAAUUAAGGUCAAAAGUUUUUUGAUAAUACUUUUUGAAAUAAAUAUCUCACGACAUUAACUCAUUUUAUUAAUUACAUUAAGGUCAAAAUAAUCAAAAAGAAGAAACAAAUAUUUUUUAAUUAAUCUUAAAAUAUAUUCUCUAAAAAUUCGGCCACUUGGUGCAAGUUUCUCAUUUGGCUAUACAUCAUCCUGUGAGCCU